GCCAAAUGGCUUCUUUGAAAUUGCUUCUCCCCCUGCUCUCCUUCGCUGCAUGCGGCACCGGUGAUGACCGUCCCCUUGGGCCAUCGUUUCUCCUCCAGUCCUCCAGGGACAACGCCACCCAGCCAUUCUCGUUUGAUGACGUGGACGCCCUUAUGGAAGUCAAUGACCCGUUCAGCCCGUCAUUUCCCGUCCCUUUUACCAACAUGGGGAUCAGCGGUGGCGGGGAUACAGCAGGCGAGUGGACACUUACCGAACUGUACAACGGCCUCCAGGUCUGUAGCAGUACUCGAGCCACUGCACACGUACAAUCCCGUCUCCCGUUCGCUUCUCUGUGUCAGCCGCCCUUCAGCGAAAAAGGGCGAGGGGCGUGUGAGCAUGUGAGAAGGCGACGAGUCUAUCGACGGAAUGGGCACAACUGUGAUCGUCGCAUUCUCUUUUUCGACCAGGUCAAAGAGUUGUUUUUUGAGAGGUGGGAUGUGAGGGGGAUCGUUAGGAAGCACGUGAACCGAUACAUUCUGGAGACAGCCAAGAAGCAAGACACCAUUGUCCAAGGCGCAACGAGGGCCUUUUUGCUCAAAAGAGUUGCAACGGGGAUACAGACCUACGUCGACAGUCACAUCUGCGACGUAAGCACGUACAGAACCGUGGGCGACGAGACACAAGACACGUCCACGUGGCAUCGAUGUAGAUUAUCCCGUUUCUUGUGGGCCGGCAUCCAGUGGUUCGGCUGUUGAUAAGACAGGCAGCAAAGAUACCGAAAGAAAUCGCCAAGGAUGUCCUCGCGUGGUACUCAGAGACGAUCACAAAGACCGCCACGCAGCUGGGCUCCAUUAUGAGCGUGACAAGCGCCCAGGUACCUUCCCACCUACCAUCCCACCGAGGCUGUCUAAUUGGUACAUCAUGUGUUUGUGGCUAUUUCAGGUUUGCAAAAAGGACACUGACAUAAUACCACUGGACCAAGGGCCAAAGUGUCUCAAUGACAACGGUGGGCAGGCAGCUGGACUUCUGGAAAAGCAACGUCGAGACACCGUUUGGGUGACUCCGGCUCUCUGUCUUGUGCAUCUGUCGGGUCGACUGUGUGUUUGGUGCGAUGCAGAUAAGUUGUCGGCUUCCUGGUCAUUGGGUGUCUUCGGCACCAUCCGUGAGGCGCGGUGCUGCAGCGCACCAGGAAACAUGAAUUUCAUGACUAAAAAGGGCGAGCUGAAGCGUGCUGCUGACUACCUAAAGCCGUCGCUGCAGCACAAGUAAGAAAGCAUUCAUCCCUGCAUGCAUUCACGCAGCCAGUACGGGAGGACAAGGAGCCAUAUUUCCUGUCCUCUCUGCAGAGACAUGUCUUACUUCGAUUGUUCCUUCUUUGAGGAAUUCCACAGAGAAAAGACUGGAGAGGUGCGCGCAGAUACCUGAUACGGUACAUACUCUAUUUGGAUGCAUCAUCAGAUUCGCAAGUGCUGGUCGCCGUCGGACCCCAUUUCAGACAUCCUUUCACUCAAUCCUUCCAGCGCUGUCGACUACAAGUGCAAGUGCGUCGACAGAAAGACAUUCGAGGCGGCAGAAGCGGCGGGGCAGCAGGCGGCCUACGACAACAUCACUUCCGGCUCGUCACCAGACAUGUGAAUGGACUAACAGACGCUGGACUCCCUUGCAUGCUUGGCGCUCGCUGUCCGGUUGUGUAUGCAGCGUGGAGUUUGCCUUCCAUUGGCUUGUGUCCGGGUUGAUCAGCUCCUACCUCGUCGAAACGAGCGGCAGCAAACACAAAGAUGCGGUCGAGUAUGCCCAGUAUUACCCAGCCAACAAGAAUAUGGCUUGUUCUGGUACGGGCGUCCUCCGACAAGGGCAGUGUUGGCCCUUCGAUCCAUGCCCGGCGGAGUAUCCCCAUCUGUGCCUGUUUGCGUCUCGGUGUGCACGACAUGCGUUCGCCUGCGCCGACGCUGUUGCAGAAGAGUGAGACACAGACAGACAGACAGACAGAGGGCAAUGGCCGCUCUCCUGGCCGACUGAUAGCGUCGGGAGGGUUGCGUCCGCUCUGCUCCAAAUCCCACAAGCCGUUCUGGUGAGCAAGAAGGUUAUGCUAACCGACACUGCGCUCGAGGUAAGUAAAUGAGCAAGGCGUCCCGUUCGGUAAGGUCAUAUGCCUGUCUCCAUGUGUGCCGAUGUACCCCACACAGGUCCUCAAGACGAUAGGGCUGUCUGCACGAAUGCACUUUUUCCUCAAAGACAGCAAGGCGGCCAUCGCUAAGGUGAUGGAAAGAGUGACGAUGCCGGCACUGCCGCCAUUUGUUAAGAAGCCUCGCAAGCUGCACUACGUGGAGGCGGCUGCUCUGGUGUGGAUGGCGUGGGCGCUGGUGCUGCUGAAAUCUUCUCUCCUGGUGGCACACAAGGCCCAAAGUCUCAUUGGCGUCCUGGCGGCCCCGGACUUCUGGGAUGUAAGCGGCUGCAAAGAUGCAUGCAGAAAGACAGAUAGACAGACAGACAGACAGGUAACACAUGCAAAAAUUAGCAGUUCGUGUCUCCCGUUUCUCUGCAUGUGUCUUUCUUCUCUCUUUAUGCACACACGGCCGUGUGCAGCUGUACGGCCUGUGGGAGGGAUUUGGAGAGAUCAGCCUUUCAUCCGUGAGACCGAAAACGGGCUUGACAAACACAUACUCACAUCCAUUGAGUAUGUUGUGUGCAGGAGAAAGAGUCAAGGGCACCCUCAACAAGUGGCUCAGAAGAUACGGCUACUUCCAAAAAGAAGACUUCGUGAAAGAGCACGAGUACGUGGUGGGCAUACUCAGCAAAAUCAAAUGGACUAGCUUGCUCACGGGCGUCGCAGUCGCGGACCUCAUCAGUAAGCGAGCGCUACAAUCGCGAGCUGUAUCGAUGGCAACAACUGCUGGGCUGUCUCUGUCUGUCUCUCUCUGUUGUGUUCCAUACGGUGGUCAGAGGCCAUUUCAAGUCUGCGCGGAGCUUUCAAGCAGAUGGGACACUCGGAGCAGUGCGAGUAUCCCGAGGUGGGAAUCGACUGAGUGUGUGUGUUGCACGUCGUGGUAUAGUAGUGAGACACAUGUGGCCUCUGCUCGUGCUGCGACCUAUCUUAUACAUGUAUGUGGG